UGUCGGUGAAAGGUCAGUCAGAGACAGGUGUGUACCCUGGUUGUGUUUGGACCAGGACAGAUGUACUGUCAGUUUAUAUUGUGAUGAUCAGUGACAGGUGAGGAAACUUCACCUGCAGCUGGACUCAAGGUUUCACUGACAUUCAUCAGGAAACAGAGUUUCAUUCAGCUCAGGUGUUCACAGCAGGAUGAAAACUCUCAGCUGAACAUCACCUCGGUAUGACAUCAUCAGGCUCCGCCCCCUCCCUCCUCCCCCUCCCUCAUCAUCAUCAUCAUCACUACGUCUCGCUCCUGAUUGGACAAACUCUCCAUCAGUCCCCCCUGUGGCCUCGCCUCGCUCUGUCUCUCUGGAUCUGGAUCGGUGGACAGGUGAUCCAGGUGAGCGGCUCCCACCAGCACUUCCACCCCCACUCCAUAAAGAUACCUGGUGACAUCACGCUGGGGGGGCUGUUCCCCAUCCACGCCCGUGGCCCCCACGGCCUGCCCUGCGGGGAGCUGAAGAAGGAGAAGGGGAUCCACCGCAUGGAGGCCAUGUUGUAUGCUCUGGACCAAAUCAACAGCGACCCUGAGCUGCUGCCCAACAUCACGCUGGGGGUGCGGAUCCUGGACACCUGCUCCAGAGACACCUACGCCCUGGAACAGUCACUCACCUUUGUCCAGGCGCUGAUCCAGAAAGACACAUCCGACAUCCGCUGCUCCAACGGAGAACCGCCCCUCAUCCGCAAACCAGAGAGGGUGGUAGGAGUGAUUGGAGCGUCAGCCAGUUCCGUGUCCAUCAUGGUGGCAAACAUCCUGCGCCUGUUCGAGAUCCCUCAGGUGAGUUAUGCGUCCACAGCUCCAGAGCUCAGCGACAACAACCGGUACGACUUCUUCUCUCGGGUGGUUCCUCCAGACUCGUACCAGGCUCAGGCCAUGCUGGACAUCGUCAAAGCUCUGGGCUGGAACUACGUCUCCACACUGGCCUCCGAGGGAAACUACGGAGAGAGCGGAGUCGACGCCUUCAUGCAGAUCUCCAGAGAGGCCGGUGGGGUGUGUAUCGCUCAGUCAGUGAAGAUUCCUCGCGAGCCGACGGCUGGAGAAUUUGAUAAAAUCAUCCGACGCCUGAUGGAGACGAGUAACGCCAGAGGAGUCAUCAUCUUUGCCAACGAGGAUGACAUCAAGCGGGUCCUGGAGGCAGCCAAGCGCACUAACCUAACGGGUCACUUCCUGUUUGUGGGAUCGGACAGCUGGGGGGCGAAAAGUUCACCGAUCGCAGAGCUAGAAGAUGUUGCAGAGGGCGCCGUCACCAUCCUCCCGAAACGAGCUUCAAUAGACGGCUUCGAUCAGUACUUCGUGACUCGGUCUCUGGAGAACAACCGCAGGAACAUCUGGUUUGCUGAGUUCUGGGAGGACGACUUCAGGUGUAAACUGACCCGACCUGGAAUCAAAUUGGAUCCUGACAAGAAGAAAUGUACAGGUGAGGAGAGGAUCGGUCGGGACUCGUCCUAUGAGCAGGAAGGGAAGGUCCAGUUUGUGAUUGAUGCGGUUUACGCCGUCGCUCAUGCUCUGCACAACAUGCACCAGGAUCUGUGUCCGGGCAGCACCGGAGUCUGCAGCAACAUGGACCCUGUGGAGGGACGCUCGCUGCUCAACUACAUCAGAGCCGUCAACUUCAAUGGAAGUGCCGGUACGAGUGUUUUGUUCAAUGAGAACGGAGAUGCUCCUGGUCGCUACGACAUCUUCCAGUUUCAGAUGACCAAUCACAGCCACCCUGGAUACCGUGUCAUCGGCCAGUGGACCAAUAACCUGAGACUCAAUCUGGAGGAGAUGCAGUGGUCAGGAGGAGAUAAGUCUAUUCCAGACUCCAUUUGUAGUUUUCCCUGUAAUCCAGGAGAGAGGAAGAAGAUGGUGAAAGGAGUUCCCUGCUGCUGGCACUGUGAGCUCUGUGAUGGGUAUCAGUACCAGCUGGAUGAGUUUACCUGUGAGACCUGUCCGACAGACAUGCGCCCUACCCCCAACAGAACCACCUGUCGUCCGACUCCGAUCAUCAAACUGGAGUGGAACUCUCCCUGGGCUCUCGUUCCCGCCUCUCUCGCCAUGCUCGGUAUCCUAGCAACCAGUGCAGUGGUGAUCACCUUCAUCCGCUUCAACGACACGCCCAUUGUCAGGGCGUCAGGCCGAGAGCUCAGCUAUGUAUUACUGACAGGUAUCUUCCUCAUCUACCUGAUCACCUUCUUGAUGAUUGCGGAGCCAGGUGUGGUGGUUUGUGCAUUCCGGCGCCUCCUGCUGGGCCUCGGCAUGGCCAUCACCUACUCCGCAAUGUUGACCAAAACCAACCGCAUCUACCGCAUCUUCGAACAGGGCAAGAGGUCAGUGACCCCGCCCAAGUUCAUCAGCCCCACCUCCCAGCUCCUCAUCACCUUCAUCCUCAUCUCUGUCCAGGUCCUUGGUGUGUUUGUGUGGUUCGGUGUCGUCCCCCCUCACACCAUCAUCGACUACGAGGAGCUCCGCCCCCCGAACCCUGACCUGGCCCGAGGCAUCCUGAAGUGUGACAUGUCUGACCUGUCAAUCAUCUGCUGCCUCAGCUACAGCAUCGUGCUCAUGGUGACAUGUACGGUGUAUGCUGUGAAGAGUCGCGGUGUCCCAGAGACGUUCAAUGAGGCAAAGCCGAUCGGUUUCACCAUGUACACCACCUGCAUCGUCUGGCUCGCCUUUGUACCGAUCUUCUUUGGUACCGCCCAGUCCACUGAGAAGAUGUUUAUCCAGACAGCCACUCUGACCGUCUCCAUGUCUCUCAGUGCGUCCGUCUCUCUGGGGAUGCUCUACAUGCCGAAGGUUUAUGUCAUCAUUUUCCAUCCAGAGCAGAACGUCCAGAAGAGGAAGAGGAGCUUCAAGGGUGUUGUCCAGGCUGCCAGAAUGUCUCAGAAAUCGUUAAAUGAGAAACAAAAUGGAGAGACAAAGAUUGAACCUGACAGAACACAGUAAUACUUCAGUAAAACUACAAACUACAGCUGCUGAUCAAUCCCUGUGCAGAGCCUGAUGACAUCAUCAUCAUGAAGAUCAAAUGGUUACACACACACACACACACACACAGAGAAAGAGAGAGAGAGAGAGACCAUCAAAAUAAAACUAUCCAUGGGGCUCUUAUUGUGAAAAUCAGGGGUUUUAUGGUUCAGACAGGAAGUCCUCAGUGUCGUCAUGACGACACAGUGAAGCUGAUUGAUUUCUCCAUAAGCAGAGUGGAAAAUUUCAAUUAAAAUAAACAUGCAGCCACACAAACAACAGGUUUUAACACUGGUAGUAAAGUUAGCAGUCAAUAGGUUAACCAGCAGUCAGCAGGUUAACCAGCAGUUACACUAAGACUCUACAGAUCUGAGAUCAGUUACAUGAGAACUUCCUUUCUGAUGAUCAAACUUUGGAUUUUUAAUAUGAAACAUCUUUAACCUUACAAUAAAAGACAGGAUGUUUGAUGUUGAUCUGACAACAUGUCCAAUUUUAACUGUUUAAACUGGACUAUAGUCCAGUUUGAGGGACAGGUGAUGUCCUCCUGUGGAUACCUGACAGACUCACCUGAGGGACUCACCUGUUCAUCCUGAGGUUCUCCACCUUCAGAAACUGUUGAACAGAAAAACUGUGAGGUCUCUGAGGACGGAGACAGAUCAACAUGGACAUGUGAGAGACCAGGACUCACCUGAAUGGACAGGUGAACCAUCAGCAAACAUUGAUUGACCAGUAUGUAACAUUUACAAGGAUCUAUUGGAAAAUAAUAAUAUUAGUGUGUAAUCACCUUUUUUCGUUCUGUUAGAAUGAGCAGUUUAUAUCUACGUAGGGAGUGGGUCCUCUUCCAGGAGUGUGCCAUGUUUCUACUGUAGCCCAGAACAGACAAACUGAACCAAACAGAGGCCUUUUGCAUUCUAAUGUUGAUGCUGCAGCUUGUAAACAGAAGACAAAGAAGAAAGAACUGAGACCAUGUCAGCUGUUACCUAUAGUUUUACAGACAAACAACUAAAAACAUUAUUUAAAUUUAGCUGUAUAAACAAACUUCACUCAACAGACCAGUUGAUGCAGUAGCUGACAUCAUGUUGUCACCUGAUGGCCACCGUAGACUACGAGACACACCUGUAAAGGGAGGGCUGACGUAUUUAGUUGGUUGCAGUCUGCAUUCUCACCACUAGAUGUCAGUAAAUCCUACACACUACUCCUUUAAAGGAUCAUUACCUUUAUUUUAUGAUCCAGCUCUUAUUUUGGUAUUUGUGUCAUGUGGCCCAGUCAGGUGUUUCCUGUCUGUACUUACUGGGGGAGGUUUUUUAAAUCAUAAUGUAUAAAACUGUUGUUUUUGGUGUGAACGUGAAUGUGAAUAUUUCUCAGUGAAAAAUGUAAUUUAUAUUAUGUUUCUGAGUGUUCACACCACAGAUAAAGACAUGAACCAAUCAGACAGAGGCUGCUCUGGUUCAGUUUAAACUGCUGUUGAGCUCCAGCUCCUGUUCACAGCCGUUUGUUUAUCCGUCCCUUGACAUGUUAAGAACCUUUACCUGGACUCACACCUGUCUGAUGACUCAUGUUGUCACUUCCUGUUGACUCUGCCAAAAUAAGAGCACAGUUUUCUUCCAAGUCAGUUUCACAGUCGACAACUACGAGGUAUGGCUAUUAAAUAAUGAGACUGAGCUUAUGAGGAUAAAACCACGUGGUUCACAGUCACGGUUCACAUUUACAAGACUAUGAACAUUCUGGGUGCCCAUGCACAUCAAAAACUUUUGAAUACAUUCAACAAACUGAACAAAUGGUUCAAAAUGAUCAACGACUCAGUAUAAGACUUGAUAGGAGAACUGGUCUCCAGGUUUCCCCAUUGUCACCCACGUGAGCGUUGAAGUCCCCCAACAGAACUAUGGAAUCCCCAGCCACCACCCUUUCCAGGACACCACCAUAGACUCCAAGAAGGGCCGAUACUUCAAGCUGCUGUUCGGUGCAUACACACACACAACAGCUAGAGCCUUACCCCCCGCAACUUUCAGUUGCAGACAGCCAACCCUCUCGUUCACAAGGCAAAACUCCAACACUGCAGCACUCAAUCAAAGGGUUGUAAACAUUCCGAUUCAUCAGGGUGAUUAUUUUGAACCACUCUUAGUCUGGCCCCUCCCCCAGGACCAGUUUACCUUGGGAGACCCUACGAGGGGCUAUUGCCCCGGACAACAUAGCUCCCAGGUUCACGGGGGCACUCAAACCCCACCACCACGAUAAGGUAGCGAUUCACAGGAGGGACAAAUGUUUCUGUUCAAUAAAAUUGUAUUACAGCAUUAGUUUUGUUUUUUUAAUAGCCAUACCUUGUAUCACCUGUCUGUGACCUCACUGGUGACCUGUGAUCUCUCUGUACAUCUGUCUCCAUGUCUCCUCUGUCUCUGCAUCACCUGCAGGUUGGAUUCAGGUGAUCUCAGGUGGAUGUCCUGGACAAACCUGAUGUUCUGUAUUAUUAUUAUUAUUAUUAUUAUUAUUAUUAUUAUUGUUAUCAUGGGGUUUACCUGAGGCCUGUACUACGAAUGGAGUUUAACCUCCUCUGAUUUAACUCUGGGUUAUCAAGGAAAGUCGGGGUUGACAAACUCUGACUGCCUCAAUCUGUGUUAAACAGUACGACGGUGGUUAAGAUGUCGGUAAGUUGAGUCGGUGUUAACUUAAUCAGAGUUAGUGCGUGUUGAUUAAAGGGGCGUGCACCGUAUCUCUCAGAUGAAGAGCGCACGUUAAACUGUGGGUUUAGAGGAAUUUAAAGAGACUCUAACGACACAAUGUAAAACCAACAAAGACAGGGAGACUGGUCACAUGUUCUCUGGAUUCUUCAUCUGUAAUAUGAGAUGGAAGGACACGGAACAUAUGUGAUCAUUUCUCAGAUACUUGUGAUACUUGUCACAUGUCUGAGAAUGAGCUGUUCCUGUUAAUGAUGUUCUGCCUGGAACACUCAGGCUGUAUAUGUAUGAAUGUAAUGCUGUUAUGUUCAGUAUGAACUUCAUGUUAACAGUAUUUCAGCCUCAGUGGAAACUGAACCUGGAUCAAAUAGAAACAUUCUAUAUUCUAUUUUACAAAUUAAAAUAACUGAAAUGGAAAAUGGAAAAUGCGGAGCAUAAAAAACAUUGUUUAUUGGUCCACAUAUCUCUACCAUCCACUACAUCCUUUUUUUUUUUUUUGGUGGGGGUGGGGGUCGUGGGGUGGCGGGGACUGAUGGUCUUUAGAUAACCCCCAUCCUACGGAGUCAGCCUCUCUCAGUUGUUGUGCCAAUAUUGAUUGGUUGUUCCACCUGUGGGGCGGAGCUUAGGUAGAAGUAACACCGGUAACACCGAGUUAACCAUGAACAUAAACUGCUCGGAGCAGUUUACAGACGCAGCGUAAAUUACCAUGGCAGCAGACCUCAGGUAAAACCUAUCCACCUGUCGUAGUACAGGUUAAUCAGGAAGUUACACCUGACGUCACCAAGUUACUCCUGAAGUUACUCUGAUAAGCCAGUAACCUCGCUUCAUAGUACAGGCCUCUGGUGAGCUUUCUGGUCACAUGACUGUUGUUCACAGCUGAUAAUGAUGUUUGAUUUACAGACUCAGGGUUCGACCUGAGAGAAGCUUCAUGUUUAGCCACGUGUUGCCAUGGUAACAGCUCUGGUCUGGUUGCCAUGGUAAAAACACUCAACACACAAAUGUCCUCUAACACAGUUAUUGAUAAACAGCUGAUUGUUUAAUUUCUAUGAAUUCUUGAUCAUCAGAAUCAAUAACUGGACAAACAUACCAACAAAAGGGAUUUUAUUUCACAGAUUGAAACAAAUUUUAAAAAGAAUUUCAACGUCCUGAUUUAGAUUUAACAGACCUGUGGUCCAGGUGUGUUGUGACCAUGGUGACAGUGGCCCUUUCUGAUUGGAGGAGGAUGUCUUUAAAACCUGAACCUUAAUCAGACUGAACCAGCUGGUCACAGAAUCUGAGCCAGUCAUUCAUUCAGUUAUUUAUUCAUGUAGAAGCGUGUCUUCAGUCGGUUCAGACAGGAUUUAAUAUUUCAGACAGAGUCUGAUCUUCACUGAUGUUCUGAUAAACCAGCUGGUCCAGGAUUAGAUUUCACAGAGUCCAGCCUGCUGGAAGUUUUAAUCACAUCUCAUGGUCUUCUUAUGAAUCCACAACAACAGGGCUGUAAUAUGAUCGAAAAUCCCCAUAACAGCUAUUGAACUAACUGUGAUUUAUUUAGUCAGCUGCUGUUUACAAUAAUUGAAUUUUAACAAAUAAUUUUCCUGUUUCAGAAAAUUAAAUAUGAGAUGAGAUGAGAUUUUAAGAUGAGAUUUUAAAAACUGAAAGCUGAUCGAGAACAAACACAGAGUCUGAUAUUAAAACAGUAGAAGAAGAAACACAGUCUGAGGCUGUGGUCCAAUAGUCAAAAUAAUCUCCUUUCCUAAUCACUUUUCCCUGAUCUCGAUGGAAAACAAGACCCUAACCCACUGAUAAUAUAAUAACAUAAAGGAAAAUACAAGUUAAAUAAAGAUAAUAAAGGAACUGUGUGACGGGUCCAGAGUAAAUUAUAUUCAGAAAUAUAGAUUAAUAAGAUUACAAAUAAGAUUUAUACAAGACAGGAAGUAGGGAGAGAGAGUAGGGGAAUGACAUGUAGUAAAGGUCUGACUGGACUGAGAGUUGAUCCAGGGACCAGCUGCUCAGGGCACUAAGGCCCAUAUGGUACAUGUCCCAACCAUUCAGCUGCUCCUGUUCUGACCUUUGGUCUUUUAUACGUUUGUUAAGAAGAGAUUUUUUAAUAUUAUUUAUUUAUUUAUUUAUUAGUGUUUGGAAGGAUUUUCAGAAGUUUUGGAUCAUGUCACAAACAUUAAGUGGGAGCUCUAUUGUGUUUACAUGUACAUGGAUCUGCUGCUGCUGCAAGGAAUCAUGGGACAUCAUUCUCUCCUUUCCUUUGAUAAAGGAAGCUCCAGUGUCUCCUCUGCUAAAGGAGAUAAGAUAGGAAGCAGUGAAGUAGACAUGGACCUGAUCAGGUCUGACACUCAGAUCACAUCAUUUAUCUCAGUUUUGAACCUUCCUCAGCAAAAAGGACGAUUGGACCACAGCCUAAUAUUAAAACAGUAGAAGAAGAAACAGCCUGAUAUUAAAACAGUAGGAGAAGAACUGAGUGCAGUGAAAUACUGUCUAAAAUUCAGAAAGGUGGGCAAACAGGAAGUGGUGUCUUUUCACAAUAAAGGGUCUGAGACUCUGCUGUCUUAUAGUUCAACAGCUGAGACUGUGGUAUUGUCUCUGCCUUGCUCACAGGCUCAGAGGCAGCUGCAGGAUUCAACCUUCAGUUUUCUGUGAGGAGACAUGAUUUAAUAUUAUGUGGACAAAAGUAUGUGGACAGUUCUGGUUUAAUUUAUUUGUCUAGUUUUUAACUCUAAAAUGAAAUGUGUCUGUUUCUGGUGAAGAUCAAUAAACUGAUUUUUGUUUCUGACAGAAUCAGCUCAUUAGAGUCAUUAGAUCCAUUAGAUUCAUUAGAUGUAAUAAAGACACAAAUGAGAUGAAAGUUUCAGAGAAAAUAAAACACGUUUUUGAUCCUGUGACCCCUCAGUGUAAUCUGAGACCCUGUGGAGGGUACUGAACCUCAGAUUGUUUCUAAAAUGAAUAAUUUACCUUUCACUUUAAAAUGUCAUUAAAUGACACAUUAAUAUUAACUCAUUCCGAACUCAUUCUGAAAGGGUAAAACUGAUCAGACUCGUUUUACAUUAGGAGAUCUUAAUAAUAAAUGAGUUUUAAUGGUUCUGAUGUUUUUUAUUGUUGAGCAGCAGAUUUAUAAAACAGAUAUUUAUAUGUGAAAUGUUUUAAACUAAUGAGAAACACAAUCUUCCCUCCUUUCAGGGAACAGAGAACUAAUAAUAAAUGAAUGAAAUAAAUGAACAAUAUUUUGUUUAAGUUUCCUGUUUAAAUCAGAUUCAUUUGUCCACAAACUUCCGUCCAAGUUUUAUAUCUGUGUGUGUUUUUCAUGUUGUUUCUGCACUGAAAAUAAAA